AUGCGUGGCUUUAGGGAGGCCUUGAGUUAUAGUGAGUUGAUUGAUUUAGGGUUCCAGGGUGCUAAAAUGACUUGGUGGAACUCUGAGACUCAACUCUGGUUGGAUCGAGCGGUGGCUACGGCAAGUUGGAGUGAUGUUUUUGGAUUUUCUAGGGUUAAGCAUCUUGCUCCUAGUGAUUCUGAUCACACACCCAUAUUGCUUCAAGCUAGCAGUGUGCCGUUGCCAAAGAGACCAAGAAGACAUAGAUUCAAAUUUGAAUCUUUUUGGCUCCAGCAUGAGGAGUGUGAUCCUUUGGUGCUAGAGAAGUGGCAAACUGAUUUUGAAGGAGUCCCAAUGUUUGCUUUGACUAGAAAGAUCAUGUGUACAAGGCGUGCCCUGGAAUCUUGGCAGCAACAAACCUUCAGAUUUCGGCAGCAACAAAUGAUUGAAGUUCAAGGGCGAUUGGAAUUCUUGAUGGGAGAGCAAUUGACCGUGGAACUUCAUGAAGAAAAUAAAACUCUUAUGGCUUCACUGCAAGACCUGUUAUCACAAGAAGAGGCCUUUUGGAAACAACGAGCUAAGGUAAUAUGGUUGCAAGAAGGUGACCGAAAUAGUGGUUUUUUUCACCAAAAAGCAGCGAAUAGAAAGAGGAAAAAUGCUCUUUUGGGUUUGUUUGAUGCUGAUGGAAUUUGGAGAGAUGAUGAUGAUGGUAUGGAAAGUGUGGUGACUUCUUACUUUUCGAAAAUGUUUACUUCCUCAGCUCUAGAUAGUGAGGCGGUGGAUCUCACUCUGGCUGCAAUCCAGCCUUGUGUUACUGCUGAGAUGAACAAACAAUUGUGUGAGCAAUACACAGAGGAGGAGGUGCGAUGUGCUUUAUUCCAAAUGUAUCCGACUAAGUCCCCUGGACCUGACGGUAUGCCACCUUUAUUUUUCCAACACUAUUGGGAUUCUAUUGGUAAAGAUGUGAUUGCUGCUGUUCAAAGCUUUUUGCAUACAGGAUUAUUACUUAAACAAAUAAACUUCACGCAUGUUUGUUUGAUUCCCAAAGUGAAAAAUCCAGAGACUAUGGGGGAUUUGCGACCGAUUGCUCUUUGUAACGUAAUCUACAAGUUAUGUUCUAAGGUAAUUGCUAACAGAUUGAAGGUGUUUUUGCCUUCUCUUAUCUCUUCCUUUCAAAGUGCAUUUGUGCCAGGAAGAUUGAUUACAGACAAUAUUUUAGUGGCAAAUGAAGUCGCUCACUUUGUGCAUAACAAGAGGGCAGGUCAGGAUGGGUACAUGGCUCGGAAAUUAGAUCUUAGUAAGGCUUAUGAUCGAAUGGAAUGGGCUAUUUUACGCAAAGUGUUGGUGCGGUUUGGUUUUGCACAGAAUUGGAUUGAUGUUGUUAUGCAGUGUGUUACCUCAGUAAGGUAUUCCUUUCUGGUCCGGGGUAAACCUAGAGGCUAUGUGAUUCCUUCUAGGGGUUUGAGGCAAGGUGAUCCUCUUUCCCCUUAUUUAUUUCUAUUUGGCCUGGAGGGCUUCUCUGCAUUGCUGCAACAGAAACAGCGUUUAGGAUUGCUUCCUGGUAUUGCUAUUUGCCAGAAUCCCCCGAGAGUGAAUCAUCUGUUAUUUGCAGAUGAUAGUAUGCUUUAUGCGCAAGCUACCCCUGAGGCCUGCUUUCAUUUUAAACAUCGAGGUGAUCAAAGUCCUACAUACGUGGGACGUAAGAAAACUGCUACAUUUGAAUAUAUCAAGGAGAGACUUGGGGAGAAGCUGAAACUUUGGCAAGGAAAAUUGCUCAGCGGUGCUGGGAAAGAUAUUUUAAUUCGAGUUGUCGCUCAGGCUCUUCCUAAUUAUGCUAUGAGUGUGUUCCAACUUACAAAAAAAAUUUGUGAGGACCUUGAGCAAAUGUGUGCAAGGUUUUGGUGGGGAAGUUCCUCCGAUAAACGCAAAAUCCAUUGGAAGAAGUGGGAUGAUUUGUGUCAUGCUAAAGAAGUAGGUGGACUGGGGUUCAGAAGCUUAUCUGAAUUUAAUAUGUCUAUGCUUGCCAAGCAAGCUUGGAGGGUGAUUUCAAACCCUGAGUCUUUGGUGGCACAGUUGUAUAAAGCACGUUAUUAUCCAGAUGGCAAUUUUUGGAAUGCUGAUGCGCAUGCUACACCUUCUUACUCUUGGCGUAGUCUAUUUGCUACAAGGGAGUUUAUUCAAACUGGUGCUUUUUGGCAGGUGGGGACUGGACAUAAUGUUUCGGUAUGGAACGAUGCUUGGAUACCCAAGCUACCUUCUCAUAAACCUCAGGUUGCUUUAGUGAGUCAACCAGAUGUACAGACAGUGAAUGAACUGAUUAUACCUCCCAAUAAUUGGGAUGAGCACAAGGUACGCUCCAUCUUUGUUCCUGAUGAGGCUGCAGCUAUUCUUUCUAUUCCCUUGACUACUAGGCAACCCGAAGAUAGACUGACAUGGCAUUUGGAGAAAAAAGGUAUGUUUACUGUCAAAUCGGCUUACCGUUCUGCUAAGAUGCCUAGUUCUGCUAAGGUCACUGCUUGGAAAAUUUGUCAUAACAUUUUGCCCGCUAUGGAUCGAUUAGAUUCUAGACAUGUGGAAUUGGAGUCUCAAGUUUGCGUGUUGUGCAAUGUUGAAACUGAAACUAUUAUUCAUAUAUGCCGUAACUGUACUUUUACAAGGGAUGUUUUUAGCUCUAAUGCCAGCAUAAUGGGGUGUUGUUUGGGGUCUGCUACUGAUGAGUUGGAUGCCUUGAGUUGGUUACAUUAUUGCUCUGACAAAUUAUCUAAGACUACUUUUACUCGGCUGUUAUUUUUGAUUUGGGGAAUAUGGAAAGAAAGGAAUGCUAGAGUAUGGGAUCAUAAAAUCACCUCAGCUUGUGAUAUAGCUCUCAUGUCUACUAGCAGACUCAGUAAUUUUAUUUUUCACAACUCCAAGGUGCAACGAGUUCAAGGUGUGGGACGACAUAUGAAAUGGAAGGCACCUCCUCAAGGUUGGGUGAAGUUGAAUUUUGAUGGGGCCUAUAAUGUUGGGACUGGACGAGCUGCUGUGGGUUUUUUGGAAGCAGUUUCUUUUGCGGUGGAGCAGGCUUUACAACCUAUUAUUUUUGAGACAGACUGCUUGGUCGUGCAGCAGCAGUUGGCUCAUAGAGAUGUUCAGAACACAUCAAUGCUUGGGAGACUUUAUGAUGAUGUCAAUGCUGAGUUACAAAUCAUGACCAGUUCAAGAUUGGUUUAUACUAGGAGGGAAGCAAAUAAAGAUGCGCAUACUCUGGCAGCUUAUGCUGCUGCACAAGACCAGAAUUUCUUUUUUUCUUCUAGUCCUUCUUUUAUUCAAUAUGUAAUUGAUGCUGAAAAGCAUGAUGUACCCUGA